CCUGGAUUCCCCCGGAAGGAGCCCGGGAGCUCGGCUAUAAGGGAACGGGAGCCGAGCCCCACCGCUCUUAAAGGGGCCGCGCCGGCACUGGCGACCGCUGUCCUGGGGGAAGAGAAACUGGUCCAAUAGAAGAUAUUACCUCACCCACCCUGUCUCACUCAUAUUCUGGGAGCAACAUGGCUAAAACAACUCUGCAUACAAAGCCAUAAAUCCAUCCCUCAAAAACAGUCUACAAACAAGCGAGCUGGAAGAGGUGAAGCCAGGACGCCCCGGGCAGGCUCAGCCCUCCAGCUGCCCUGAUGAGUGGCCCAGAUGUGUCUGCAAUAUAUAAAGCAAGCUGAACUGGUUUAAGAACCUUGUCUCUGAAAUCUGCAGGGUCCCACUGGCUGGACGAUUGCCACCAUUUGUUGUUGUAUCUGUUUCUCUUCAAACUAUUGAGAGCGAAAGCUAAUUAUGUUGCAGAACAGAUGCUUCCCUCUGGGCUCUGGCUGUAGGAUGUUGGAGAAUCAAGAGCAAGAAGAGCUGACCACGGUGCGUGUUCAAGACCCUCGGCUCCAGAACGAAGGCUCCUGGAAUUCCUACGUGGAUUAUAAAAUCUUCCUCCAUACCAACAGCAAGGCCUUUACCGCCAAGACCUCGUGCGUGCGCAGACGGUACCGCGAGUUCGUGUGGCUGAGGAAGCAGCUCCAGAAAAACGCUGGCUUAGUGCCUGUCCCGGAGCUGCCAGGGAAAUCCACCUUCUUUGCAGGCAGCACCGAUGAGUUCAUUGAGAAACGGAGACAGGGGCUCCAGCAGUUCCUGGAGAAGGUGAUGCAGAACGUGGUCCUCCUGUCAGACAGCCAGUUGCAUCUCUUCCUGCAGAGCCAGCUGUCGGUGCCCGAGAUCGAGGCGUGCAUGCAGGGCCAGAGCCCCCUGACCGUCACGGACGCCAUCCUCCACUACGCCAUGUCUAACUGCGGCUGGGUGCAGGAAGAAGACACCCGCCCUGCGCUCGGGGCUGGGGCAGAACUCCACAGCAGCUGCGCUGGUCUCGGAAGCCCCCUUGUUCGGAGCUGCCUGAAACCCCCUUCGUGCUGGAGCGACUUCGGCCUGGAAGACAACCACUCGGAUAGCCUGGAGUCUCCCACGAAGCAGCCGGAGACAGAAUAAGCAGCACAAACGAUCUUGUACGCCCUGUCUGGGAGCAGUGGCUCCUGCUCUGCGGAGAGCCGAGGAGGGCAGCUGAGUGGCUCCCGUUGGUGCAGGAUUGGGACCCUGCAUGGCACGUGGUCCUCACCUUCAGCCCCUCUACUCCCAGAAGCUUGUGACCACUUCCUGCCACCUCUGGACGGUCCUCUUAUGAGGCAGGUGCUGGGUGAAUACACAGCUGAGCUGUACGAAAAGGGAACCAGUGCUUAGUAGAACCUAAGUUUGUUACUCCCCAGGGCUGUGUCAUGCUCUUGUGGGGGGACCUGUGUGUAUUAGGGAUGGGGGCUGUUUGAAAACAAAAGCCAGCUCCCUUGAUCUUGGCUUGAUCCUCCGUCCCCUUGGAGCUGGGUCAUGGAGGCGGAUGCUCAUCCGUACAGAGAUCCCCCAGGAGAGAGGUUGUCUGGAUCCCUGGGCCAAGCUGCUGUCCCUCCUUGUCCAGCAGAUCGGGCAGCUGUCCCAGCAAUGCCCAGGGAAUUCUCGUUCUUAGAACUAGAAUUCAGUCUUGGUAGCAUUCCCCUCUGAAAAACCAACGGCCCCGUAGGAACGAGCGGUGCUCCUUUGCACGUCCGAGAGCCACAUUUAAACAGCUGCUGAGCCGGAAGCCCACACACUGGGUAUGGAUACCACCUCCACACCUGGGUCCUCCUGGCCCAGCUCGGCCUGCAGGCUGCGUGCAGCUGGAAUGAGCCAAUGAGCUUUCCCGGGGGGCUCUAUAUUGCAGGAUUGAUUCCUCCAUUGCAGCAGGGGUGGGGGAAUGUGUUGUGGUGGGACAAUGAGGCCAGAAGGUGUUUUGUUUGUGCUCCCCUUUUGUGUGGGACACCCCUCAAGCUGGGCUUUCUUGCAGGAGAACAACCCUUUUGGCUAGCACAGACCUGCCUGAGCCUAACGGCUCAGAGGGCAAAGGGGAAGGGCAAAGGGUGGUGAUCCCUAUAGCCAGCCAUAAGGGAGCAGAACAGAAGAAAGAAUCCCUUAGUAAAGAAUGGGCAGUCCCACGCUGCAGCUUCCACCAGGGCCUCUCUGCUUUCAGCCCGUCGGGUCCAUUUACUCUGCUGCUCCCUGUAUCUUUCCACCAGCCUGUUGUCUGGCAUUGUCCUGGCUCAGAAGGCAGAGCUGAGGUGCUCUGGCCUGCAAUAAAUGUGAAGCACGUGA